GUACCUCACGCCUCAACACUUUCUCACUUUCCAAAAACCCGCUUUGCACUUUGCAAACACACUCACACACAAACAACCAUGGAUCCAGACGCAUUCACCGCCAGCCUAUUCAAGUGGGACCCGCGCACCGUCCUCCCCACCACCGGACCCUUACGCCCCCCACUCCUCGACUACGCGGUGGCUCCACCACCAGCUCCGGCAGCAGUCUACCACCCGGCGCGAGCACCUAGGGAGAUUGGAGGCCUGGAGGAGCUCUUCCAAGCCUACGGAAUCAGAUACUACACGGCGGCGAAGAUAGCGGAGCUCGGUUUUACGGUGAGCACGCUUGUGGACAUGAAGGACGACGAGCUCGACGACAUGAUGAACAGCCUCUCCCAGAUUUUCCGCUGGGACCUCCUCGUCGGCGAACGCUACGGCAUCAAAGCCGCCGUCCGAGCUGAGCGGAGGCGCCUCGACGAGGAGGAUAUGAAACGCCGCAACCUCCUCUCCACCGACACCACAACCAACGCUCUCGAUGCUCUCUCUCAAGAAGGUUUAUCGGAGGAGCCGGUGGUGCAACGGGAGAAGGAGGUGGUGGGGAGUGGAGGAGGGAGCACGUGGGAGGUGGCUGUGGUGGCGGAGGAGAGGAGGAAGAAGCAGAGGCGGAGGUCGAGGAUGAAGCAGCACGGUGAUGACAACGAGGAAGGGGAAGACGAGGAAGGAGAGGAUGAUGAUGAAGGGAACAACAACAGCGGUGGUGGAGGAGGUUGUGAGAGGCAGAGAGAGCACCCGUUUAUCGUGACGGAGCCUGGGGAGGUAGCACGUGGCAAGAAGAACGGUCUUGACUACCUGUUUCACCUCUAUGAACAGUGUCGUGAGUUUUUGAUUCAGGUUCAGGCUAUUGCUAAGGACCGUGGUGAAAAAUGCCCAACCAAGGUGACAAAUCAGGUGUUUAGGUAUGCGAAGAAGGCUGGGGCGAGCUAUAUUAACAAGCCAAAGAUGAGGCACUACGUGCACUGCUACGCGUUGCACUGUCUGGAUGAGGAGGUGUCGAAUGAACUGAGGAGGGGUUUCAAGGAGAGAGGGGAGAACGUAGGCGCGUGGAGGCAAGCGUGUUACAAGCCGCUGGUGGCGAUUGCGGCGCGUCAGGGUUGGGACAUUGAUGCAAUUUUCAACGCGCAUCCUCGUCUUUCGAUAUGGUACGUGCCAACCAAGCUCCGCCAGCUGUGUCACGCUGAGAGGAACAGCGCCGCCGCUUCUAGCUCCGUUUCUGUUGGCAGUGCUCACCUUCCUUUCUAAAUUAAAUUGUGUUUUAGUGAUCUAGUAAUAGAUGUAGGAGUAUCAGUGUAGGUAGGAAGUUGAGUACUCAUCUACGGGGUAUUAUCAAAUUAAUUAACGAAGGGCAUGUAGUGAUCGACGGGACUUGUUUUAGCUAUGAAAUACUUCUUGAUAAGGUAUCUGUUAACACCAAAAUUCUCAAGUUUAAAAAUUAACAAUUAGUAAUUUGGUGUACAUAAAUGUUUGACAUAUUUCAGUGUAGUCUAGUUUCUAUCUCCAUUGCAAAAUUAUUGUCAAACAUAUAUGUAUUAGUCGAAAUUAUGUGUUAACAUGUUUGGUGUCAA